UUGGACACCUCAGGGAUACUGAAACGAUGAAGUUCACCCUCAACCCCAUCGCUCUGUCCAAUCAGAUCCGCCAGCUGGGUGAUCCCCGAACACGCGACUACCCCGUCGUAACGGACCCUUUGUUCAUGUUUACGCUCUUGGCCACGUACCUCUAUUUCGUCAAGAUAGCUGGUCCGCGCUGGAUGAAGAACAGGGAACCCUUCCAGAUCAUCAACAUCAUACGCUUCUACAACCUGUUCUCCAUAGCUGUGGCCAUCCGCUUCCUCUACCUCGUGCUCAAGUUCACCUACCUUCCGGGCGGCCACUACAACCUCUGGUGCCAGGGCAUCACGGGUUACAUGACCGACGAGAUGCGGGAGUACUACCGCACGGGAUGGAUCUACAUCGCGAUACGCUACACCGACCUCCUCGACACGGUGUUCUUCGUGCUGCGCAAGAAGUUCACCCAUGUCUCGCUCCUGCACGUGCUGCAUCACACGAUAGUGGCGGCCAACACGUGGUUCUUCGCCCUGUUCGCGCCCGAAGGUCAGCCAACCCUGAGCAUGUGCCUGAACGUGUUCGUCCACGUCAUCAUGUACUCGUACUACUUCCUGGCAACGUUCGGUCCUUCCGUUCGCAAGUACCUGUGGUGGAAGAAGUACCUGACCACGCUGCAGAUUGUACAGUUCGUGCUCAUCAUGAUACACUUGUCCAUACCACUGUUCGUCGACUGCGGUUUCCCGAGGCACCUGAUCAUGCUGGGCAACGUGCAGACGUUCCUAAUUCUCUGCCUCUUCGUGAACUUCUACAUCCAGACGUACGUCGUCAAGCCCGCUAAUUCUACUCCACAGGUUGGUCAAGGUGCCGAAAGGAAAGCAGUCGGUGCAGUUCGGAACGGAAAAAAUGAGUGAUCACCAUGUUUGAGGGUGAAGAAUACUUUGCAGUGUUGUUUUACCAUGCCACCUUAAUCGGAAUAGCCCUUGUUACGUCCUUGCACGCCACGAAUGGGAAUACAGACAUUAUCUUAAUGCACAUACGAUCUCCCCACAGUGCUUAGUCUGGGGCUCUUCCCAUGCUGAUGUCGACCUGACGGCACGCAGAUAAAGUGUAAGGUGGCAUGUUGCAUGCAGCGGCAUGGUUCCUGGCCAGCGAUUCACGCCUGCUGACCAGCAACUGCGAGAAAGAACAUUGAACCAGUUGGUUUCAACGAAUGAAUUCUCUUUAGUGUGCUUGAAAAUAUGAACGCUGGAUCUCUUUUGGCAGGUUGUGUUAAAAGGUAUUAUGAUAACAGCCAUUUAUAACAUCAUAGCAAAUAAAGCUUUAUUUGAUAGUAUGCCAACGAUAUUUUCUAGAGACGCGAAUCCUGUUGGUCACCGCCCCCCCUCCCCUUUUUUUCACUGUAAUUAGAGACCUAUUGUCUCGCGGUACCUUCAUGUACGAAAAAUACUAUAUUGUACUGUUGCUACUAGUGUAAUAAAGUUACUGCAACACACA